GCCUUCUCUCUCCUUCAGCAAGAUGCUCGGUCGGAAAUAUCGCGCUUCCCCACCCCCCACCUGCUCGGUUUGGAUGGUACAGUCUGUAGUCGGACUCCAGUAAUGAAGCUCAGUUGAUCAGUCUCUUACAGAUGCCGAACCGUGAUUGCUCCGCUAUGUAAUUUUGGAUUUGUGAUGUCUUAGACAAGUCUGAAAAAAGAAAUGACCAUGUAGAUGCCAACUGUCUGGAUACAGCAUAAUGGGAAACAGUGAAUGGAGUGCAAUUGGACUGCAAUCUUGAAAACAGCCAUCUUGUGGACUAUCAUCUGGUGGAAGACAUUUCUAUCACUCAUUGCUUACUCUGCUCAUGUUACUGUUCACAUAAAGUGGAUUUGUUCUUUGGCUGGAAUUUGAGUUUCUACCGUUACAAAUUUUUAAUUUGUACAUAGCACAUUGAACAGAGCAAUAUUAUCAGCAGCAAUGGGUGACAUGACAAACAGCGAUUUUUAUUCAAAGAACCAAAGAAAUGAGGCCAAUCAUGCAGGAGAAUUUGGGUGUACGCUUCAAGAUCUGCGUUCUCUUAUGGAACUUCGAGGAAUGGAAGCAGUGGUAAAAAUUAAGGAGACGUAUGGGGACACAGAGGGCCUCUGUAGACACUUGAACACUUCGCCAAUAGAAGGAUUACCUGGCACUACUGCUGACCUAGAUAAAAGAAGGCUAAUUUUUGGGAAAAACUUUAUACCUCCAAAGAAGCCAAAAACUUUCUUACAGUUAGUCUGGGAAGCAUUACAGGAUGUGACUCUCAUCAUCUUGGAAAUCGCAGCCAUUAUAUCUCUUGGGCUCUCAUUUUAUCAUCCACCUGGAGAAGAAAAUGAAGCGUGUGCUACUGCCGCAGGAGGAGGUGAAGAUGAAGGUGAGGCAGAAGCUGGUUGGAUUGAAGGGGCUGCUAUUCUGCUUUCGGUUAUUUGUGUGGUGCUGGUUACAGCCUUUAAUGACUGGAGCAAAGAGAAGCAGUUCCGUGGACUUCAGAGUCGUAUUGAACAAGAACAAAAGUUUACCCUAAUCCGAGGUGGACAAGUAAUUCAAAUUCCAGUAGCAGAGCUUGUAGUUGGUGACAUUGCACAAGUCAAAUAUGGUGACCUACUACCUGCUGAUGGAGUGUUUAUUCAAGGAAAUGAUCUUAAGAUUGAUGAAAGCUCUUUAACUGGAGAGUCAGAUCAAGUCCGCAAAUCCAUUGACAAAGAUCCAAUGCUGCUUUCAGGUACCCAUGUCAUGGAAGGCUCAGGAAGAAUGCUGGUUACUGCAGUGGGAGUUAAUUCUCAAACAGGCAUCAUCUUUACUCUACUAGGUGCUGGAAGUGAGGAAGAGGAGAAAAAAGAUAAAAAAGUAGAUUCUUCCCAUUCCUCCUUCCAUCCUCCUUCAACUACAGAUGGGGCAGCAAGUGCAAUUGCCACUGAUAAUGCAAAUACCAGCUUAGUCAAUGGCAAAAUGCAGGAUGGGAAUAUGGAAAACAGCCAGAAUAAAGCCAAACAGCAGGAUGGGGCAGCUGCAAUGGAGAUGCAGCCACUCAAGAGUGCUGAAGGUGGAGAGGGAGGUGAUAAAGACAAGAGAAAAGCCAACAUGCCCAAGAAAGAGAAAUCUGUCCUCCAAGGAAAGCUAACUAAAUUGGCUGUCCAAAUAGGCAAAGCAGGUUUGGUAAUGUCAGCAAUCACUGUCAUCAUUUUAGUACUAUACUUUACUAUUGAAAACUUUGUUGUCAAGAAGAAUCCAUGGCUGCCUGAAUGCACACCUGUAUAUGUUCAGUAUUUUGUCAAGUUCUUCAUUAUUGGCGUGACUGUGCUUGUAGUUGCUGUUCCAGAAGGACUUCCGCUGGCAGUUACCAUCUCCCUUGCUUAUUCUGUAAAAAAAAUGAUGAAAGAUAACAACCUGGUCCGUCACUUAGAUGCGUGUGAGACUAUGGGAAAUGCUACAGCCAUCUGCUCUGAUAAAACAGGGACAUUAACAACUAACCGAAUGACAGUAGUACAAGCCUAUGUUGGAGAUGUCCAUUACAAAGAGAUCCCUGACCCAGAUUCUAUUCCAGCCAAAAUAAUGGAUUUGCUGGUUAAUGCAAUUGCCAUCAACAGUGCUUACACUACAAAGAUUCUGCCACCAGAAAAAGAAGGUGGUCUACCUCGGCAGGUUGGUAACAAGACAGAAUGUGGAUUGCUUGGAUUUGUGAUGGAUCUAAAGCGGGAUUAUCAGCCUGUUCGGAAUCAAAUGCCUGAAGAGAAACUCUACAAAGUUUACACAUUUAACUCUGUGAGAAAGUCAAUGAGCACUGUCAUUAAAAUGCCGGAUGACAGCUUCCGAAUGUAUAGCAAAGGGGCUUCUGAAAUUGUCCUAAAGAAAUGUUCUAAGAUUCUUAAUGCUGCAGGUGAGACUCGCAUUUUUAGACCUCGUGAUAGAGACGAGAUGGUUAAGAAAGUGAUUGAGCCCAUGGCCUGUGAUGGAUUGAGAACCAUCUGUGUUGCUUUUCGAGACUUUCCCGGUGAUCCUGAACCAGAAUGGGACACUGAAAAUGAUAUUUUAACUGAUCUUACCUGCAUUUGCGUGGUUGGCAUAGAAGAUCCUGUACGACCAGAGGUCCCAGAAGCCAUAAGAAAGUGCCAGCGAGCUGGAAUUACAGUCCGCAUGGUUACGGGAGAUAACAUCAAUACAGCUCGUGCUAUUGCCGUAAAAUGUGGAAUUAUUCACCCUGGUGAAGAUUUCCUCUGUAUUGAAGGAAAGGAUUUUAAUCGAAGGAUUCGAAAUGAGAAGGGAGAUAUAGAGCAGGAACGCAUUGAUAAGAUAUGGCCAAAACUUCGUGUCCUUGCUCGUUCAUCACCCACAGAUAAACAUACCUUGGUGAAAGGUAUCAUUGACAGCACGCAAGUGGAGCAGAGGCAGGUUGUAGCAGUGACUGGUGAUGGAACUAAUGAUGGACCAGCUCUUAAAAAAGCUGAUGUUGGCUUUGCAAUGGGUAUUGCAGGCACAGAUGUGGCAAAGGAAGCUUCUGAUAUUAUCCUCACAGAUGACAACUUCAGCAGUAUUGUGAAAGCUGUAAUGUGGGGCCGUAAUGUUUAUGACAGCAUCUCUAAGUUCCUGCAGUUCCAGCUUACUGUAAACGUGGUGGCUGUGAUCGUGGCUUUCACUGGUGCUUGCAUUACCCAGGAUUCUCCUCUGAAAGCUGUACAGAUGCUAUGGGUCAAUUUAAUUAUGGACACUUUUGCUUCUCUUGCUCUGGCUACCGAACCUCCCACAGAAUCCCUUCUGCUAAGAAAACCAUAUGGUAGAAACAAGCCCCUCAUUUCUCGUACCAUGAUGAAAAAUAUUCUGGGCCACGCUGUGUAUCAACUCACUCUAAUUUUUACCCUCCUUUUUGUUGGUGAAAAAAUGUUCAAGAUUGAUAGUGGCAGAAAUGCACCACUCCACUCUCCACCUUCGGAGCACUACACCAUCAUCUUCAAUACUUUUGUCAUGAUGCAACUAUUUAAUGAAAUCAAUGCACGCAAAAUCCAUGGUGAAAGGAAUGUUUUUGAUGGCAUCUUUAGAAACCCUAUAUUUUGCACUAUUGUAUUGGGUACAUUUGCUGUACAGAUAGUAAUUGUACAAUUUGGUGGAAAACCUUUUAGUUGUUCUCCUUUGGAACUUGACCAAUGGAUGUGGUGUGUAUUUAUUGGAUUAGGUGAACUUGUAUGGGGGCAGGUCAUUGCAACCAUCCCAACCAGUAGGUUAAAAUUUCUAAAGGAAGCAGGAGGGCUUACAUUAAAAGAAGAAGUUCCCGAGGAGGAGAUGAGUGAAGAUGUAGAAGAGAUUGAUCAUGCAGAGAGGGAACUUCGCCGUGGACAAAUCCUCUGGUUCAGAGGGCUUAAUAGAAUCCAAACUCAGAUCGAAGUAGUCAAUACUUUCAAGAGUGGCACUUCCUUUCAGGGAGCUCUCAGGAGACAAUCCUCCGUCACAAGCCAGAACCAGGAUGUAACCAAUAUUUCUAGCCCUAGCCACGUUUCGUUAUCCAAUGCUCUUUCCUCUCCUACCAGCACACCUGCUGCGGCGGUUGGGCAGGGCUAGAGACCCCUGGACAAAAGGGUUCAGCAGGAGAGAGUGCAAUAAAAAGAGGUUGUGAGUCUUUAACCUUGAGCCUGAUAAUGAAUGUGAACCAAUUCUGGUACUUGGCUUAGAUAAAGCCAGGUAAACAUUCGAGUAUAAGCCCAUAUCCUACCACUCUAGUACAACUGAAAAUGGGUUAUUGAUACUGCAUUGUGAGGAGGGACAUUCUGUACUUGGCCAGAAUGAUUAUUUUUCUUCAGAUGGAGGUAAAAAUGUGUUAGUGUUUAUCCUUUGUUGCCGAAUAGAACUAUUUGAAGUCUUGCUUUCAGCAAAUCUGAAAAACUUUUCCUUGCAGCAGCAGAGAAGAAGGAAGUGGAAACUAAAAGCCAUGUCAGAAUGUCCUGAAGUGUGAUCCCCACCCUUACCCCAGUCCUUUGUUAAAAACGUUUUUCUGUUGUCUCCAUUCCUGUAAGAAAAUGGAGCCAUGUUUCUUGCUGUUUAUCAUUUCUUUUCAUUAAGCUGUCUCCAUUACAUAAUUGCCAUCUUUAUUUUAUAUAUAUAUAUAUAUAUAUUUUCUGGUGUGUUUCCAUACAAUAUAUGUGCACAAAGAGCAGGCCUACAAAAUUUUAAAGAUGCCAUGAAAUAACCUAAUCUCCUGCAUUUACCUUCACAAAAUCUCUUCAAUUAUUCUUUUGUAUAAAAGUUAAAUGCAAUUCUAUAGAUCCUAAUUUAAUUUAAAGAUCAGCAAAUACAAAAAUCUCUGGAGAUAUAUGAGUUUCCUAAAUUCCAUAUAUGCAGAAUUGCUAAUGUGUGCCUCAUUCUAAGAGAUUCACAAACUAAUUUGGAAACAAGGCAAUGGCAAAACAGUAUAUGCAGAUUGCUUUAAAAUAUAUUAGAUGCAUAGAUGCCUCUUAGUAUCUUCUACAGUGAAAGUCAAACUAAUUUGGUCAUGGCGCGUUAUUUCUAAAAAAGAAGUAAAGAAAAAAAUUGGAUUCAAUUGCAUACAAUUUAAACACCAACAGGAAAGCUUAUUCUGCCAGGUACAGAUGAUGUAGAAAUGUUGCCUGGAAUACUUCAUGAGGGUCUUUUAAAAUAUUCAUUUCCGGCCAUAUGUGAAAGAGAGCUCCCCAAGGUUCCCUCCAUCUACAUAUGAAUCUUCCUUGCUUUACUUCUCCCAACAUUAUAGAGAGAAAAUUUUAUUCUUUACUCUGCAUCUUGAGGGAAAAUAAUCCAAAACAUUUUCCUAAAAAAGAAGAAACACCUAUGGGCUCAAAUGGGCCAAAUGCAACCCAGACCCAUGGUAAUCUCUAGACAGAUUCCUAAGGUCAGAUCACUGAUACAGUAAUGGAGGCAGAGUGAUAAAUAAAGUUUUGUUUGUAUCAUUUUAUAGGCUACUGAUGUGGUCCACCAGACAGGUUAUACUUAGACUUGGUUUACCAAGAAGGCGUUCACUGGAUUACCUUGGAUAUCCUCUUAAUCUUUGCUUCCUAUGUAUGUACUAAAUAUACUAAAACAAUCCUCCAAGCAAAAGAUUUCUGAGUGCACAUUAAUAGUAUUUGGCAGUGGUUAGCUCUUCAAGUUUGCUUCAAGUUAGUUUCUGAAUGUUUCAUUACCAGACUAGGUAACAUCAUCAGGAUUUUAUAAGCUAAAGAUUUUCUUGGACAAGGAAAUCCUGCUGAUCAUGUUACCUAGCCUGGUAACGAAACAUUCAGAAACUAAAUUGAAACAAGCUUGGAGACCAAACCCAAACUAAAUCUAAAUCUAAAACCCAAACUACAAGUAUUUUCCAUUAUUUCAAAGCACAUUAACAGUAUCCCAAAAAUACAAAGAGCUUGUGAGGAAAUUUUAUAUCUACAGGCAAAUGAUUUUUUUUUAA